AUGUGGAGCAUCCUGAUGGUAGCGGCGCUGUUCGCGACCGCGCGGUCCAAGCAAUUGCCUUCCAACUUAGAUGUCUCAAAUGCAGUAGCUACUGUCACAGAACCCGACUCCGAAUGGCCAGAAGCACUGGCGCCCCUCGACACCUUGACUGUGGCGUGCGAGAAAGACAACAUGCACGUCACAAUAUCUCUAUCCUCUAAUCACGCUAACAGUGUGUACGACUCUUUCAACGGCAUCGUGUACCCAGCUGGUCUGGGCAGCAACUCGACUUGUCUCCGAGAGUACGUGGCGGCCCGCGGCGACUUGCAGUACACCCUCCCGCUAAAGGGCUGCAACACAAUGUCCACAGAUAAUGAGGACGGCACAGUGGAAUACUACAACAACAUAAUAGUCCAACCACAUUUGCGACUGGUGACUGGCCAGGGGAGGGGAUACCACGUGCGCUGCAGAUACCGUCGCCGGGACCUCACAUUCUACCAUUUACAUAGGCCGCACGCUGACAGACUCACUAACUCGAGGGUCGGUGAUGAAUAUGAUGAAGAAUCAGGUUUGCUGCCGUCCGUCACGAUGAAGAUUUACAAAGGUGACCCUGAGGAAAAACAGGUGGCGUCGAACGUACGGAUCGGUGACACAUUGACUUUGGUCGUGUCUCUUGAGAAACAGAGGAAGUACGGCCUCCUUGUGUCCGAGUGUUCUGUUAGAGACGGUCUUGGCUGGGCAGAACAGAGCUUGAUCGCUGAUGAUGGUUGUCCAUUGGACGGUGAGAUAAUGGGCUUGUUCCAGUACAGCACUGAAAAGCAAGAGGCAAAAGUCUCCUUCCCCGCCCACAAAUUUCCCUACACUGCCAGCGUUUACUAUACCUGUGAGGUCAAACUAUGUGACCUCAAUCAUCCCACUGAUUGUGAGCCGUGUUCUCAUAAGCGGCGCGUACGCCGAGACACGGACGACGGCGCACCGGCGACAGUCGAAGUGUUCUCCGGCCUCUAUGUCAACGAUGCGGAUUCAUUAGACAACGACGAUGUUGUUAGCCAAAAGAAGGAGGAUGAGAUUUGCAUAUCCCAGCGCAACUUCGCGAUCGGCAUAUGCGUCGCUGGAGUCAUUCUCAUGAUCUGCGUGAUCGCAGCCAUCGCCUUCAUAUUGGCGAGAAGACGAAACCCGAAGACCUACUCGAGGACAGGAAGUUCUCUGUACAGUGGCCCUUAUACGAACACGGGAUACUCGCACACCAGCUAA